CGGAAAGAACAGUCAGCGCGGGACCGGCGCUGGACGGGGAGUGCUACCACCAUGGCUGGAGAGAUGACGGUGCUGGGUUCGGCUGUAUUGGCUCUCCUCUUGGCUGGCUAUCUGGCACAGCAGUAUUUACCUAUGCCUACACCAAAAGUCAUCGGGAUUGACCUUGGUACCACUUAUUGCUCUGUUGGUGUAUUCCUGCCUGGCACAGGGGAGGUGAAGGUUAUUCCAGAUGAAAAUGGGCACAAUAGCAUACCAAGCAUGGUCUCCUUCACAGACCGGGAUGUGUAUGUAGGGUAUGAUGGCCUAGAACUGGCAGAUUCUAAUCCACAGAAUACCAUAUAUGAUGCCAAAAGGUUCAUUGGGAAAAUCUUCACUCCAGAAGAGCUGAAAAGUGAAAGUAGCAGAUACCCGUUUAAG